AUGAACUUAGACCCAUUGGAUUGUAUUGAUCAACCAAGUCGGAAUUCUGUUGACGAGGAAUCUGACAGACUUGGCCAACCUGGAACACCCAUACAAGCUAUCCCUGUAGAAGUGCCUGCUUUCAAUGAUAUAAACGAACUAACGAACCAAGUACCUGAAUUCGAAAAUCAAAAUCAAAUCCAACCAAAAAUGCUUCUUAGAAAACGUAAAGGAGACCCAAGUGAAUGGAGAGAUAAUAAGAACAAGAAACUUAAAAAUUCAGGCCAAGCAUAUGAAGGUGCUCGUAAUAAAAAACAUCAUGAGAAAAAGAAUAUUUUAAGUAAUUGUGCUUGUAAAAAAGGUUGCGCGUUAAAAUUUAAUACUGAAGACAGAAGUAGACAGCUUCGGCAGAAACAGAUGUCCGAAACAAUUGAAAGUAUUGAACUAAAGCCAGCAUACGACAAGCCCCUCCCUAUAAAAAAAGCUUUGUAUAAUGAUCUCCUAACCCGGUGUAAAUCCCAAGCAAUUCCCUACCAUUAUCAACCAUUUUAUAGGAACUUAAGCUUUUGUGAUAUUGAAUCAGGUCACGAUGAGGAUUCUGAUUAA